AUGUCUGAUCGAAGAGAGGAAAUUCAAUCGGAACAGGUACCACUGAAAUCUGAUACUGAUCCGGAAAAACUGAAAAUAGAAACUAAUUCUGCAAAGGAAGAAAGUGGUGAUGUUGAUAAGAAGGAACGUAAAAAGAUUUGUAAAAUUUGGCAACGAAAAAGUCCCCGAUCAUAUAAUUUUGAAAGAAAAAAAGAUGAAGCGAAAAAAUCGAGAGUGACAGUUGAAAUGGAUUUUGAGGAUCGUGAUAAUAAAGGUCUCAACAAUCAUAUCAUCAUGGAUUUCGAGAAAGUAUUCGCGGAACCCAGUGGAAGUCAUUCGUUCAAUUGGACUUGGCUGGCAACUAAUCGAAUUUUCACGGCUACAAGUAUUACCAUUUAUAAGUUGCUGGCUGCUUUUAUCGCUAUACCAUUCGCCGUAUUUUUCGGUAUAUUAUAUGCAAUUUUCGCAGUAAUUAGCGUCUUCUUGUGCACACCACUUGGAGUAUUACUUGGAAUACCGCUGAAUGCUUUUUCCAAGAAUGAUAUUGCCAUCAAUCAAUCUGUUGAUGCUAAAAAUGAUUCGAAUCAUUCAUAA